ACUGCCAAAAAUAUCUUGAUAUAUUAUGAUAGUUCCGCAACACAACACUUCUCUCUGUUUUUCACCCAAAACAAUAGAUGUCUGUUAAUGCCAAAGCAACCCUUGUCUUCAUCCCAUUCCCUUCCAUGAGCCACCUUGUGUCGGCAGUGGAGACGGCAAAGCUCCUCACCGCCCGAGACGAGAGCCUCAUCGCCUCCAUCCUGGUCAUGAAGCUGCCCUCAGACACCAAGAUCAGUUCCUACACCGAGACUUCACCCCACCCUCGGAUAAACUUCCUACACAUCCAACAAAACAAGUCUACCUCACCACCGCUGACAAAGAACCGGAUGCUCGGGCUCGUGGAGAGCCACAAGGGUCCGGCCAGAGACGCUAUCACAGCAAUGAUGCAGAGCCAGGAUGGGAGGCUUGCUGCAUUCAUGCUUGACAUGUUCACCACUCCCAUGAUCGAUGUAGCCUAUGAGCUAGCCGCCCCGCCUUACAUCUUCUUCCCGUGUGGAUCAGCUUCUCUUGGCCUUAUGCUGCAUCUCCAGAGCCUGCACGAUGAUCGUGGCGGGGACAUGAGAGAGUACGGGGAUUCAGAUGCCGCGAUUCAUAUCCCAACUCAUGUCAAUCCUGUACCUGCUAAGGUGUGGCCUGCUCGAAUGUUCGACAAAGAUAUUGGUUUUCUUGAUUUUGUCAGAAGGUAUAAGGAGAGCAGAGGGUUUGUGAUAAACACGUUUCUUGAGCUCGAGUCCCACGCCAUUACCUCCCUCUCUGCGGAUGAGAAGUUCCCACCGGUUUAUCCAGUAGGCCCGAUGAUUCAGUCGGGAGGAGGAGGAGGAACUGAUGAGAUCAUCGUGUGGCUAGAUGAACAGCCUCGUUCAUCGGUCGUGUUUCUCUGCUUUGGCACCAAAGGAUGGUUCGAGGGUGACCAGGUGAAGGAGAUUGCUGCUGCGCUGGAGAGGAGUGGAGUCCGGUUUCUGUGGUCGUUGAGAAAGCCGCCUCCUAAAGACACAAUGGAGUCUCCGGGGGAAUAUGAGAAUCCUGAACAAGUGUUGCCUCAAGGGUUCCUCGAGCGCAGUAUGGGAGUCGGGAAGGUGAUCGGCUGGGCGCCCCAGGUGGCUGUGCUGUCUCACCCUGCUGUGGGAGGAUUUGUGUCGCACUGUGGUUGGAACUCGACUCUGGAAAGUGUGUGGUGUGGAGUGCCUGUGGCAGCAUGGCCGUUGUCCGCGGAGCAGCAGGCCAAUGCAUUCCUGUUGAUCAAAGAGUUGGAAAUGGCUGUUGAGAUCAAGAUGGACUACAGGAAGAGUAGUGAUGUGAUUGUGGAUGCGGAAACGAUAGAGGCUGCAAUCCGGCAGCUGAUGGACCCGGAGAACAAGAUCCGACUCAAGGUGAAAGAGAUGCGUGAGCAGAGUAUAACAGCCGUUGUACAAGGAGGCUCGUCGUAUAACUACUUAGGUCGCCUUAUUGAGAAUGUCAUGGAGAAUAAUUUUUGAAGUGCAAUUUAAUUGGUAAGACGCUCA